AUGGAAAACCAAUUCCUACAACAAAACGUUAAAGGGGACGAAAAUUCAGCUGGAUCAUCCUGUCAGGAACGGGAUAUAUUAUUAGGAUUCGGCGGCGGGGGUGGGGGCAAAACUUCAAGUUUACCUCAGCAGCAAUCGAAUGCCAAAAGACAUCCAUGCAAAAUGACGUUACAGGGUAAGGUCUACAACUUCCUGGAGAGGCCGACAGGAUGGAAGUGCUUCGCUUACCAUUUCACAGUAAUAACACUGCUUGGUGGAAGUUUAAAACAUACCGGUCCCGGAAUCUGGCAGAAACUUCCUGUUGAUAUAAAGACUACAAAUUAUUUAAUUAGAAUCAUGUAA